AUGGGGAUUGUCAAGAGACUACAAGUCAACCGUCCGGAGAACUUUGCGCAAUCAGAGCUAACAUUGCAGAACGAAGACCUUCUCCCUGUUCCUAAGGAGAAACGCCCAUGGGGCGUCUGGAAUUUCAUUUCAUUCUGGGUUGCAAAUGGUUUCAACAUCAAUACAUGGAUGAUCUCCUCUUCCAUGAUCCAGCUUGGCCUUGCCUGGUGGCAAGCCUGGAUAUGCGUCUGGCUGGGUUAUGGGCUCGUCGCUCCAUUCAUUGUCGCGAAUGCGAGACCGGGAGCAAUCUUCCAUGUCACGUUCCCAGUAGUCGCGCGGACAAGCUUUGGAGUAUGGGGAAGCCUGUGGUGUGUGUUCAACCGAGGCGCCAUGGCAUGCAUCUGGUACGGUGUGCAGGCUAGCAUCGGGGGGUCUUGUGUCCUUGUCAUGCUACGGGCAAUGUGGCCAUCUGUGAACAACAUUCGGAACCAUUUGCCUGUGUCUUCGGGGACAACUACAAGAGACUUCAUGUGCUUCUUCCUGUUCUGGUUCAUAUCGCUCCCGGCCAUCUGGUUCCCCAUUCACCAGGUCCGGCACCUCUUUACGCUGAAGGCAGUCGUGGUUCCCGUAGCGGGUAUCACAUUCUUCAUCUGGUGUAUCGUAAAGGCCCAUGGUGUUGGACCGAUCAUUCGUCAACCUGCAACAUUGCACGGCUCUGCUCUCGGGUGGGGCAUGGUCUCGAGUAGCAUGUCCUGCUUUAGUAACAUGGCCACUCUCGUCACGAACGCGCCCGACUUCGCUUCCCGCGCUCGUCACCCUUCCGCUGCUCUUUGGCCACAGCUUAUCACCGUCCCACUGAGUUUCGCAAUCGUCAGCUUCUUCGGAAUCAUCGUCAGCUCGUCUUCACAGGCGAUCUAUGGCGAGGUGAUCUGGUCUCCCAUCGACCUGCUUGGGAAGUUCCUUGAUGGAAACCCAAGCCGUGCGACCAGGUUUGGGGUAUGGUUCAUUGCUGCGUCGUUCAUCAUCGCGCAGCUCGGAACGAACAUCUCGGCCAAUUCGAUCAGCGCCGGCUGUGAUCUCACUGCUCUUCUACCCCGAUUUAUAAACAUCCGCCGGGGAGGAUACAUCGCCGCAAUCGUGGGCCUGGUCAUGCUCCCUUGGAACCUGCUCAAGAGCAGCAAUCAGUUCACCUCGUACCUCUCCGCCUACUCUGUCUUCCUCAGCUCCAUAGCAGGAGUUAUGGUCAUCGACUACUACGUGAUCCACAAGGGGCACUACAAUAUCACUGAUCUCUACCACACACGCAAAGAAGGCUGGUACUGGUACACGCUCGGAAUCAAUUUCCGUGCCUACGCCGCAUACAUCGCCGGCAUCCUGAUCAACGUCGUGGGCUUUGCAGGCGCGGCAGGGCACCACGUGCCCCUCGCAGCGACGCGCAUCUACGAGCUCUCAUUCUUCACCGGCUUCGGGGUCUCCGCGAUCAUCUAUUGGUUGCUCAACCUGCUGUUCCCCAUCAGGGGACUAAGCGAAUGCGGGACGUUCGAGGAGGUGGACGUCUCCGGCUCCGUUCUCGAAGGCGUGGGUGCCAUCGGAUACGUGCACGAGGUGGAAGAGUGCAAGGAGGCCGCGGACGUAGACAAAAAGAGCAUCGCGGGCGUGGACGUGCAGAGCGUCCGGUCGAAUGUGUGA